UUGGUCGUCCUUCUCCACCUAAACAGUUGGGUCCUGUAUCAUCAGGCGGCUGCAGAGAUACAAUUUGGGCGCCUCCGUUUUUACCAACAUAUGACCAGCAUCUGUUGGGCAAAUAAUCAAAUUUUGGAUUUUUUCUAGGUGUCAUAAAUAAACCCAGCAGCCAUGAUGGUCGGAUAUGACACGAGAAAAUUACAUAAUUUGAACAAUGAUGAUCUGAUGUUGGGAGGCGCCAUUGCCGGAGGUCUAACUCGCCUUCUUUGUCAACCAUUAGACGUCAUCAAAGUCAGACUGCAGUUGCAAGUAGAGAGACCUUCCAGAUCUCAACCCGAUGCUAAGUACCAUGGAACAUUACAAACUUGUAGCAAAAUCGUGAAAGAAGAAGGAUACAGAGCCUUGUAUAAGGGACAUGUUUCAGCACAGCUCUUAUCCAUAUCAUAUGGAAUUGCAAGUUUUGCUUCUUUCGAGUAUUUCACAAAGGAAGUAUUCGUCAGGAAACCACAUAUGAAAGAUUUGUCUCCUGUAACUUUCAUUUGUGGAGGAGCUGCCAAUGGUUUGGCCACUGUAAUCUCUUAUCCAUUUGACACAAUUCGCACCCGUUUCAUCGGUCAAGGGAAACCUCCAGUUUACACCGGUCUGUUUAAUUGUAUAGGUACAAUUCUCAAAGUGGAAGGGUUUCGGUCUCUGUACAGAGGUUUUUUUGCAACAUUAAUACAAAUCAUUCCUCAUGGAGGUGCUCAGUUUGCAAUUUAUAAUAAGAUCAGUGUAAUAUUUAAGGAAAAAGGAAUUUUUGUAAUGUCGAGUUUGUAUACUGUGAAGGAUAGGAAAAAAUACUUAUCUCCAUUUGGAAGUUUCCUCGCUGGUGCUAUUGCUGGAGCAGGAGCCAAAGUAGCAAUUUAUCCUUUGGAUCUUGCCAAAAAGCGACUCCAGAUUCAAGGGAAUUACAAUGAAGUGCGGGAAGGAUUCGGAAAGAAGUUUGUCUGUUCGGGAUUAGUUGACUGCAUUAAGUUGACUUACAGAAAUGAAGGCUUCUUUGCAUUGUAUAAAGGUUUGAAGCCUACUUUACUCAAGGCAAUGAUAGCAACAUCUCUGCACUUUGCAAUUUAUGAACAAACUCUGUUGUUUUUAUCGAAUUCAAAGAUUGCUAAAACAGAAUCGUGAUCAGACAUUCUUUUUUUGCACUCGAUUAGCUUGUAAUCUAGCUACACAUGUUUGAAAAAACUGCAAAAUAUCAUUUUCCCUAAUUUUAUGUGUACAAAAUAAUUGAAUUUUGAGGAAAAUUUAGAAAUUGUUUGUACUAUUUUUUGUCUUAAAUAUUUAGUUUGUGGCAGGCUUUCUGGUGAGAAUAGUUACCGGAAUUCAUUAUUGUAGUGCCAGGCUAAUUUUGUUAUGUAGCAGUUUGAUGUCCUAAUAAGAUUUGUUAUUUUUUCAAGCAUUUUUGCAAUUAUUAACAAGAUGAAAAUGUCCAAAUAAUAAAGGUACCUUUGUUAGUUUCCAUA